AUGCCUCGCCGCCCCAGCAGACUCGAUUUCUUUCCACCAAGGGACGCUCUAACCAACGCUCCAGGACGGUCCUCCAACCUCACUAUCCCAGUAUCCCCAUUCUCUCCCCGCUUCCCGUUGACACCCCCACCCCGCCUUCACCUCCGGACUCUCAUCCCGCCAUCUCCGCUCGACCCACGGUUUUAUGACACAGUUCCCUCUAUCCCGCUGGGCUGGAUUUGGCGUUGUCACCUGUGCAGGACCGUCUACCCUUUUAGUGUCACGAGACGCUGUCUCCGAGACGGGCAUUACUACUGUAGUACCGGAUGCCAAUCGCGGUUUGACUAUGGGGGCUGGAAUCAGUAUAAUAUCUGGAGACGAGAGAUGAAACUUCGCCGGCGAGCGAAUAUUGGCUUAUCUAUGGAGUCGGAUCAGUGCUUAUUAGGAAGGUGGAACUAUGAAAAUAGCCCUUCUGAUCCGUUGUUGAAAGACAGCGGAAAUGCAAUAGAUGUCGACGGUCUAAAUCCGCUGUGGGAGGAGCGAGAUUGCUGGGUCGAUUGCAAUUUCCCGAGCGAAUGCCACCAUUACCGCAGCAAGGUGCUGGAGGAGAAAAUUAUCAGACGCGAACGUGCCAAGGCGGAUGCUGCUAUGCAGAAGCAUAUUGAAGAGGAAGAGCAGGAUAAUGAGAAGAAGCAGCUGGAGCAGACUCUAUGGGGUGAUAUUUACCUUGCCGAGAAUGACUCUUCGUCUUCAUCCUCCUCUUCGCCCGAAGAAAUGGGUGAGAAAGAUGCCGGUGAACUAAUUGACCAGGCGUCUUUGUCGAGUGCUAAUACUAGCCCUUGUACAGAUUGUGGAAAUGUGGCUUCUGAGAACGAUAUCGAGAUGAUAGACUGCGAUGGCAUUGGCGAGCCAGGCUAUUUGCUACAACAUACAUGCAACAAGCGUAAAGGAAGUGUUGAUGCACUAUUCCUUGGGGUUUCUAAUACCAAUGGAGAGCGGGAGCCAACCAGUCCGCUAAGGGAGGAAAUAGUUCGGGAUUCAGUAAGCGACGAGGAGGAGGAGACCAAUUUCUAG